AAAUAUCUCAUUAUUUUCUUCCCCCAAAAUCGAUUCGAACUCUAAACCUAAUAGUUAUACUCAGCGUACUCCCAUCCACGCUUUAAUUCCCCGCCAAAAGAAAAGGAAAAAAAAAAACGAGAAAAACAAUUCUGUGCUGCCACCACCGCUCUCCGCCCGGCAUGGACUCCGCCGUCCACUCGGCACUCGAAGAAAUUUGCUCCGCAGCUGCAAACGGGCUCCACCUCCGGAGCCUAUGGCCGAGACUCGGCCCGCAGCUCGCGUCAGAGGGCCUCCCCCUCGGCCCGAACGUGAAGCGUGCCCUGUGGGAGAAUCUUCUGGAAAUUCCAGGGCUCAAACUCGAGUCCUCUGAUGGCUGCGCUCUGGACAGCUCGAAGCAGGAUUUGGUGAAGCGAACCGUUGAGGAGUGUGAAAAGAUGAAUGUCAAGAUCGUGGCUCCGGAGUCGAUGAGGAAGAGCUUUCUAGGCAUUUACGAGAUGGAGUCCUCAGAGUCUGGCCUGUCUGAUAUUCAGCGACUCAUUCUUGAGCGGCUUGCUGUUGCUAGGACAAAUGGAAUUGCACAAAGUGAUCUUUCAAAAGAAUUACACAUUGCACCAAACAAAUUAUUCUACCCAUUGAAGAGACUUGAAACCCAAGGAUAUAUUGUGAGGCAGCCAACUGUUAUUCGAACAAAACAGGCAUCCAACAGAGAGCCAAACAGUGAGUCCGUUACAGCCACCAAUAUGCUGUAUCUAUACCGUUAUGGGAAGCACCUUGGUUACCAUCAGAGACUUGAAAUCACUAAGGAGGAUAAACUUGUGAUGGAUGGGGAGGUAGAAGAUGGUCACGGAGAAACUGGUAUUGAUUUUGGUGAAGAAAUAUCAAAAGAGGAUGUACAUGUCAAAGAUUUUUUACCUGCCCUGAAGGCCAUAUGUGAUAAACUUGAAAAAGCUCAGGGAAAGGUUCUGGUUGUUUCGGAUAUAAAACAAGAUCUUGGUUAUCGAGGAACUCAUGGUCAUCGAGCUUGGAGAAAUAUGUGUCACAAGUUGAAAGUGGCACGAGUUGUGGAAGAGUGCUGUACAAUAAUCAACAAGAAGGUAGUUCUGGAGUAUGAUUUGCACUAUAUUGGAGGUUGUGAGGCUCUAGGCGAUGAAUUAUCGUCCGAGUCACAUGUCGCAUAUGACAACUAUGUUUUCCAUUCACUUAUUGCUGGUAUCUUUCAUUUUCAGGAGGUCAAUUGUUUACGCCUAAUUUCCAGUUUUUCUCCAUCAUAUUUCGAGCCAAAACUUCAUGGGCAUGGGAACGAUGAUACAGAUCCCGAGCAAUCAAAAACGUCAAUGAAAAGAGGUCAAAUUACUGAACAACUUUUAGAACUUCCCCUUCUCCGGCAGGUAUAUGACAUGGUUGAUGCUGCGGGAGCAAAAGGGUUGACUAAUACAGAGAUAUCCAUAACACUGUUUAAACAGGUGUGUAGAAGGCUUGGACUAUGCAGUAAGGAGUACCACAGGCGAUAUUUUAAGCAAAUGAUCUCUAGGUUUGGAUUGCAUUUACAGCUGGAACCUCACAAUAGAAAUGAGGUCUACCGACUUUGGACUGCUGGUAAUUUUAAUCCAGGAUCAUCCAAUAUGGCUCCUGCAGAAGAAGAAACAGCUCUUAAAGUAAAUGAAUCUGGCCCAAGUAGUUUGGAUCUUGAAUCUCAUGAGGACUUGUCUCAGCCUGUGAAAGUGAUAGAUGAUUCUAUUUCAAUGGAGAAUGUUGGAGGUAUCAACAAAAGUGAAAAGGAGGCAGUUGACAUCGCAGAUGCCUCUAAUGUCACAAACAUGGAUAAAGAAUGUUCCAGCACUCUGCUUCUACAAUGCAGUACACAGAAUUCUGGUAUGGAGCUAUCCGGUGGAGUCCCUGAUCAGGAAUUAUUUCCUGCCCGUAACUCAGUAAACAACAAUAAUAUGGUAGAAACAUGUUCUCUUGCUGUUGUUGCACUUGCACCACCAUCAACCCCAACACCUUCCAGGCGUCGAUCAAACCCAAGAUAUCCCCGUCUUAUUAUGGGUGCAACUAACUCACAGAGGGAACAAAACAUACUCAAAUUGUUGCAGGAGGAGAAGUUCCUCAUUAAACCUGAGCUCCAUAGACGUCUGGAGAGUCUUGAGAAUCUUGGGAAGGAAAAGAAUACAACAAUGGACCGAAAGACUUUAUUGCGUUGCCUGAACAAACUUCAGGGAGAAGGGCAUUGUAAAUGCAUCCACGUGAGUGUCCCAGACGUUACGAACUAUGGCCGCAGUAAAGCUGUUGAAGUGAUCCUCCACUCCUCUUUUCAAACUGUUUCCCCUGAAUUACUGGCGCAAAUUCAUGAUAAAAUUAGGUCAUUCGAGAUACAAGUGCGGAGGCAAGCACAUACUCGGCAGAAGGGCCAAUCGGUUCCCAUAUUGGACAACGUGGAGAGGAUUCCAAAUAGCAUAAGGUCAGAUACCCAAUUACUUCGGGCUGAAGCUGUGCGUAAUGGAUUUGUGCUUCCUAGAAUGGUUCGGACAAAGCUUCUUCACGUCUUUCUUUGGGAUUGGAUGCACGGUUCUCCUAGUUGGGAUGGCACCUUAUUGCCUAGUAAUCAUUCUAAUGAUUUGAAAAAUCCACACAGUACCUGCAAGUUGUUUGAGUUAGAUCUGGCCAUUAGAUCGAUGCCACUUGCUUUGUUCUUAAAAGUAGUAGGUUCUGCUCAAGCAUUAGAGGAUAUGAUUGGGAAAUGUAGAAGUGGCAUGCGACUCUGUGAUCUUCCAAUUGAGGAAUACAAGAUCCUUAUGGAUACUCGAGCAACUGGGCGACUAUCUUGGCUAAUUGAUAUACUGCGGCGGCUGAAGUUGAUUCGUCUAGUGAGUAAGGACCAUGCAGAAGAUGGAGGUAGCAAUCCACAUACGACUCUCACUCAUGCAUUAGAACUCAAACCUUACAUUGAGGAACCAGUCACAGGAAUUGCAUCAACUACUGGUCUCGGUUUGCAUGAUCUACGCCCUCAAAUCAGGCAUGAUUUUGUUCUUUUGAGCAGAAAAGCCGUUGAUGAAUACUGGAAUACUUUAGAGUAUUGUUAUUCUGCAUCCAAAUCAAGAGCUGCUUUGCUUGCAUUCCCUGGAACUGCAGUCCAUGAGGUAUUUAAUCCACGAUCAUGGACAUCUUCCCGGGUAAUUACGGCUGAUGAGCGGGUGGAGCUACACAAGCGUGUCGUGAAAGAUGAUCCAAAGGAAAAGCUUUCAUUCAGUGAGUGUGAGAAGAUUGCUAAGGACCUUAAUCUGACCCUGGAGCAGGUUCUCCGAGUCUAUUCUGACAAGAGACAGCAACGGCUUACUAGACUUCAGAGAGAUUUGGCUGCCGAGAAUCAGAAUCCUGGGACAGAUAAAGAAAAAGAUUCUUUCUCGUCAUGUAAAAAUAAAAGAUCUUCCAGCAGAAUGCCAUCAAAGCUUGUGACGGCUAGCCUGGCAGUUGGAGAAUCAAGUCUGGAGAGGUCAAGUCCGAUAUUUGAAGCUGAUGACAAGACAAAUGGGCCAGAUGUGCCAUACUUAAACGAAGAUGAUAAGACGAUCCAUACCUUCAUUCACAAGCAAGCCUUGGCAAACUUUAAUGUGGCACAUAAGAAGAAGAAGUUUAUGUGGACAGAAGAGGCAGAUAGACGAUUGGUGAUUGAAUAUGCAAGAUACCGAGCUGCUCUUGGGGCAAAAUAUCACCGUGUAGAUUGGGCAUCAGUUCCAAAUCUUCCGGCGCCACCUAAUACCUGCAAAAGAAGAAUGGCGGUCUUGAAUAGCUAUAUGCCAUUUAGAAAAGCUGUAAUGAAACUAUGCAAUAUGCUUGCCGAGCGCUAUUCAAAGUACCUUGCGCAACGUCAUGAUAAGAUAUUGGAUGAUGGGGAUUUUAUAAAGAUGACCAAUGAUCCUUCAGUUGUAGAAAAUCAUUUAAAGUCUUCCACCACAGUGUCUGAAGAAUGGGCCAAUUUUGAUGAGGAUGUCAUCAAGUUAAUGGUAAAUGAGGUUUUGAGACAUAAAAGGAUGUCUAAGUUGGAGGUUCCCCAGGAUACUUUCCCAGACCAAGAAAAUAGCGAGGAUAGUCAUAUAUGGCUUCAUAUUACCCCUGACAGCAUACUUUUCUUGAGGGAGGUUGUCCUUUUGAGACACACCAUUUUCUGUAUUCUGAAAGGUCCUUCUAGGGAGAAUGAGGGUUGUGAAAGGCCUAAUGCUUCUGGUCAAAGAUCAAGAUCCCGAAAGCCGCCUGUAAAGUAUAUGAAGCUUUCAAAUGACUAUGGAAGUGUUUGCAGACAGAUGCACGAAUCAGUUGCAGUGGCAAAUGCUGCAGAGUUAUUUAAGCUAAUCUUUCUAAGCAAUUCUAAAGCUCCUGAAGUGCCAAUAUUGCUGGCUGAAACUCUACGUCGAUAUUCUGAGCAUGAUCUCUUUGCUGCUUUUAACUACCUGAGGGAGAAAAAGAUCAUGAUUGGUGGUAGCUCAAACGCUCCUUUCGUGCUAUCACAGCACUUCAUGCAGAGUAUCUCACGAUCCACAUUCCCAGAUGAUACUGGAAAAAGAGCCGCUGAUUUUCUCACAUGGCUUCACGAAAGGGAAGAGGAUUUAAUGGAAGAAGGCAUUGAUGUCCCUUCCGAUCUGCAGUGUGGCGAAGUUUUCACUUUGUGCACUUUAAUAUCUUCAAGAGAGCUGUCGAUUACUCCAUGCUUGCCUGACGACGGUGUUGGUGAGGUAGAAGAUAACAGAACUUCCAAACGAAAAUGUGACGAUAACGAUAUGGACAGUGGAGAAAUAUCUAAGAAACUGAAAACAUCUUUUACCGGGGAAGGGGAGAUGACCUCUCGCCGGGAAAAAGGUUUUCCCGGCAUAAAAUUAUGCUUGCAGCGCGAAUCAUUCAAAGUCGAGGAUGUGCACAGGGUCCCACUAUUCGGUGAAAAAAAUCAAGGCAUACAAAUGGAUGCUAAUUGUGGUGCAUCCGAUUCUGAUGUAGCUGAUUAUGUGAGAGAAAUGCUUGAUUCUGGUAGGACAACCCAUCGUGUGCUUGAUGUGGGUGAGUCGCCAUGGGAAUCUAUGACCAGAUAUGCCGAAUAUCUGACAUCUUCAUGCUCUUAUGAACGAGAAAGUUCUACUCUAAAACCGGACUUAUUCAAAAACCUCUAUUCCGCUAUUCAUAAAUCUGGAGACAAUGGUCUGAGCAUGAAAAAUGUUCGCAAAGUUUUGAACAUUAAAGAUGAGAAGAUGUUGGAACUUAUCAUUGAGGUUCUUGAAGCAUUUGGACGAACUUUAAAGGUCAAUGGUUAUGAUUCCAUUCGCGUGGUAGAUUCAUUGUAUCAAUCCAAGUAUUUCUUGAACUCUGUACGUGGCCGUGUCAGUAUGUGUCUUAAACAUCAGAAAACAAAAUUUGAAGAUGAGUGUGUUCCUCUUGAUAUUGAUAAUCAAGGAGAAUCGGUUUCUCCAUUAGAGAGUGAAAUUAACACAAGUGCCGAUGAAGAGCAUAGGGUAACAAUUCUAAAUCUGCCUGAAGAUGUUUCUGGCCCGUCUGCUGUUUUAUCGACAUCGGAUAACAUUACGAGCUACCAGCACUCUGAUUCGGCUUCUCCUAUAAUUACUGGAGCUGAAAAUUUUGGAUUCCAUUCUGUAGAUGCUCGGUUAUGUCGGCCCCUGUUACCAUGGAUGAAUGGAGAUGGUACCAUAAAUGAACCUGUGUACAAGGGGCUCAUACGUCGAGUCCUUGGUAUCGUAAUGCAAAAUCCGGGAAUAUUAGAGGAUGACAUCAUAAAACAUAUGCAAGGUCUAAAUCCUCAGAGCUGCAAACGAUUGUUGGAGAUAAUGAUUUUGGAUAAUCACAUAAUCACGCGCAAGAUGCAACAAAAGACCUCGUCUCAGCCUCCUUCCAUUCUUGGAAACCUUCUUGGCGACAGGUUUAGAAAAUCGAAGCUGAUAUGUCGAGUUCACUACUUUGCAAAUCCUAUGAGCACAACAUUGUUGUAGACGAAAAGGCUUGUCCAAAGGCAUGUAAGAAGGAAAAUAUAACUCUCUGUAAAGAAAAUGAUAAAUGUGUGGUUAAUGUGUUGUGUGUAGCGUUCUGAGUUUCUGUUUAAGCUUUUGGUGUUUGAAUUGAAGGAAAAAAAGAGAGAAAAAAAAAAAAGAAAUGAAAAUGGUUUUGGUUGUAUGUGUAGAAAANUAUAUAUAUAUAU